GUCAAGCUGGUAACAGACGUGUAUGGUACCCUUGAUGAACCUGGCGUGUGUACUGAUUGCACGCAACAGAAAAUACACAUUGAAGACCUUGAACGUGCAAAUAGAAAGCUGUCGAAAAAGCUCAGAAAAGCGAAGGAGAACCAUGGUGGACUGUGUUGACGUUGACAAUUGACCCAUUGUUUGACCACAUACCACAAUUAAAUUGAGCACCACUUUUCGAAAUGUCUAACAUGGUGGGCAAAAUUGAAGAAAUCAUUGCAGCAGCUUCAACUCAACAGGCUGCAGCUGUGUGCACUGCUACAAAGGUAGACAUUGGCCUGGGAGUGUGCCUUGACGCAGGCGUUCUGCAUGGUAUACAACGAGCAGCAAAGGGAGAUGGAGCCAAAAUGGCACGUUCACUGAUGCGGGCAGUGUUUCUACAUGAAGAGAUGACUGGCCACACCCUUUAUGGGAGGCCGUACAAUGCGCACAAAGGUGCAACACCGAAACCUUCCAUUGAUGAAACAAGGAGAGAAGCAGUUCUUGGAUACACAUGCAAGCAAACCACGACGAGCUUACGGGAAAUAAAAGAAAGCCUGGCGUCAAUGUUGAGCAAGAUGAAAUAGUUUUGUAUAUGUCUAUCUAAUAAAUUUCCUCGGUUCCU